AUGGUUGUAUAUGGAGAGACCCUGAUCGGGAGUCUAGACACGGUACACUUGCAAUAUGGAACACCCCACAUCCCGUACGUAUGCAAAAGGUCGUCGUAUGCGGCUAUCGCGGAACUUUCACUGUUCGGCAAGGAAGAGGAGGUCAUGUCGACGCCCUCUCGCUACCACAAGCCAGAUCUUGACCUCAUUCCCGUGGGUACCAGAUUUUGA